CAACGUCUCAUAUUGAGCCUUUCCAAUCACAGCAGUCGCAACUGUGCCCAUCCCAUCGGCAAUUCCAGCACAUGUGAUUGCUCUUUCUUUGCUGUCUCAACUACGCUCAUCCUGCCGCUGGUAGACCGCAGAAGCAAAUGCGUCUGACUAUUCCGAUAUCCUCUUUGUCGAUCCGCUUCCCUCUUCGACGUGCCUGACAACGAGUGCCGUCCUUUUUGCCCCGAUACACUCACUCUAACCCGCUCAUACUCACCUCUCCUUUCGGCAUAAUGAAGUCCACAUAUUCCGCGAACAGCCUGAAGCGCUGGUCUUGCAAGAGCAAAGAUAUACCCGUGGUUUCUGCAGUCAAAGCAGUCCACGUCUAUGACUUCGACAACACCCUCUUCUCCAGCCCUCUACCUAAUCCUCAAAUAUGGGGCUCUCCUGCGAUAGGAAUGCUUCAGGCCUAUGAGACCCUCGCAUAUGGAGGAUGGUGGCACGACUCCAGCAUUUUGGCUGCAACAGGUGACGGUCUGGAAAAGGAAGAGCCCCGAGCAUGGGAAGGUUGGUGGAACGAGACUAUUGUCCAACUUGUCGAGAUGAGCAUUCAGUCAAGAGAUGUUGUCACAGUCCUGCUCACAGGAAGAGGAGAGACGAAUUUUACAGACCUCGUCAACAGAAUUUGCAAUGCCAAAAACCUGGAUUUUGACCUGGUCGUUCUCAAACCCGAGGUCGGCCCUGCAGGCCAACGCUUCGAAUCUACCAUGAGUUUCAAGCAGGAGUUUCUUCGAGAGUUGGUCUUCACAUAUAAAAAUGCUGAGGAAAUCCGGAUCUACGAAGACCGGCCCAAGCACGUCAAAGGCUUCCGCGACUAUUUCGAACGGUUGAACAAAUCCUUGCUGUCACAUCCAGCUGAUCAGCCACCCCCGGUUCGAAAACCCAUUACUGCCGAUGUCGUGCACGUCUGUGAGUUGAGAUCAUCUCUGAACCCGGAGACAGAAGUCAACGUGGUUCAGAAAGCCAUCAAUCGUCACAACCAUGCCGUGGCGAAUGGAGGCCCCAAUCCUACCAAGAGUAUCAGGAGGCACUUAAAAAUUGUCGAGCAAUUUUCCUAUUUCGGAUACCUGAUCAACCAGACUGACUCAGCCCGCCUGAUCACUCUGAUUACGGGACUACCCAAUGGUCUCAUCGACUCUGGCGAGGUGCGUUUAUUGGCAUCGAGCAUUUUGAUCGCCCCAUUCUAUCCCAGAAAGGACCUCAUCAAGAAAGUUGGUGGACGCGGAAAGAAAGUGACCUGGCAAGUGACUGGCUUCACCAAAUACGAAGAUCGCAUUUGGGCAGUGAGGGUUGCGCCUGUGUCCGAAACACAAAUAUACACGCAGGAUCCUACACCGCUUGUUGUUCUUGCUAUCCGGAAAGGCUCCAGACAGAUUGAUGCAGCGAAAAUCCAACACUGGGAGUCCGUCGCUCCAGAGAAAGCUUUCAUGUUUGAAACAACAGUAGGUGACAAGGUGAUGCUGAAAAUCGAAGAAUCUGAAUUCCCGCGCGCGAAAGGAGGACGCAAGCAAGAUGCCUACGACGGAACUCACAAGCGCAAGCACGUUAAUGACGAUUCAGACCUUGCACCUCAAGGCAGCUAUGCUCGCGUCGCUGCUGGGGACCGAGACGAUGGCACUUGGGCCGGAGAUAAGCGACCUGCAAGAGGCGGGAGAUUCAGCCAACGCAAUGCGAUGAGCAAAGCCAACUUCAACAACCGUAACAACCACGGCAUGCCCGGCAAUAGACACAGCAUGCAAGAUGCAAACACCAAUGCGAGACAACGUGGUGGUGGACCCGGUGCAGGUGGCGGCAAUCGAGGAAGAAACGCCGCUGGUACGAAUGCCAGUGGCGGCCACAGAGGUCUUCCAGGCUACAAGAGUCUCGACGAUUAUGGCCCAGGUAACUUUGAUGGUGCAAAUGACACGAAGGCCGGCUCUGGAGAGAUGGUUAUGAACUAUUGAGUAUGAUGUGGAACUAUGAGGUUUCAUGGCGUUGACCUCUCGAGAAUGGGAGUCGAGGUUAAGAUGCGAUUCUACCGCAAUUAUGUUGCUAUGGCGUAUUAUACCUGUUGUUGAAGGAUUGCAUCGAUACCAUGUAUGAUCUAUCGAAGGAGUUUCAUGGAUGGACAGCGUUUGAAAGGAAGGGAUGUCCUGCAUUAGCUAUGAUGUAUGAUUAUUAGAUACCUGGUAGUCUUGUUCUGCCUUAUUUGCCAUGUCCAGCAAGCGUCCUAACAAUUUCGAAAUGGCUUCAAGUAUAGUAAUUGGAAGGCUCUC